GGCUGUGUCUGCCCUUGCGCCAUCAUGGCCGAUACUGUUGAUGGUCAUGGCAUGCGGCGAAUCACACCCCGCAUUCUGCAGCUUGCGGCCCAAGUGCUCUGGGCAGGUAGAAGGCCAUCUUCUGGGCUUUGCACCUGCAGGCACGCCCUCCCCACCUCAUUCCACUUCACAUGUCGCGAACAGUCCUGCCCAACUGAUAGCUGACUACUGUGCGAGGUCUUGUCACGUCUCCAAGUGCAAAACCCAGAACACAUAGUUGUUUACCGUGUGCACGUUUAUACUCGUCCACGAAUUCCCGUAAACACUUCUUGCGGAGCCCCGCAUUCCCCCAAACAUAGCCGUCGUCGCCAUGGCCGACCACAGCAACGAAGAAGCUAUCGACAUAAAGGAGACGUCGCUCAACAGCUCCGUGUCUUCCAUAGGCCGCACGCCUCCGACAGCGCUCAAACUGGGCUCCAGUCCCAGUCCGGCCUCUUCACACCGCUCGAGCUUCGCGGAACACAUGCGAGGAACGCCUACAUCACCGCGCGCGUCACGGCAACCUUCGCUCACACAACAAGCUCUGCAAGACCUCCUGAACAACCCACCAACCAAGGGCGGUGACCCAAAGUUCCAGGGACGCGAUUGGAAGUCAGUCAGGCUUGGAGAGAUAGUCGACCCUGACCUAGUCAGAUUUGUUGAAUACGACACCAGUGUUGAGGAUGCGACAAGCAUACUGGUCAAACACGGCGCUCCUAAUGUCGUCCUUCUGCGCGAAGACGCAAACACACGACAUGCGACCGGCACUUUCGAUUACAGCGACCUGAACGCCUAUCUCCUCCUUGUUGUCGGCCUCGCACACCCCGAAGAAGGCGACAUCGCGUCGUUUGAUGAGCUUGCAAAGAAGGGAAGAGAAGGAAAGCCUAUACCACUCAAGGACGUGAAGGAGGUCGGCGGCAGGAAAGAGCCCUUGAUUACUCUCGAUGAGACAACAGAUUUGUCCAAGGCUAUAGAAGUCUUUGGAAGCGGCGUGCAUAGGGUCUUGGUCGCAGAACAAGGCACCUCAAAUGUCAAGGGCAUUCUGACGCAGUUGAGAUUGGUGCAGUUCUUCUGGGAGAACCGAUCAAGCUUCCCAGGUGUCAACCAGCUAUACUCGCAGCUGAUCAAAGACUUGAACCUUGGAUCCAAGACAGUCCUGGCCAUCAAUGGAGAUAAGCCUCUUGCGGCCGCUCUCGAGCUCAUGAAUAACGAAGGCGUAUCGUCUUUACCAGUCCUGGACGCGCAGAACAACGUUAUCGGCAACAUAUCACACGUGGAUGUCCGCCUCCUGACAAAAUCCACUUCCCUACCACUACUUCGCUCAUCCUGUAUCCACUUCAUAUCCGUCAUCCUGUCAGAGCGAGGAGUCAACGAUGGCAAAGAUUCCUUCCCCGUCUUCCACGUCAACCCAUUCAGCACCCUCGCGCAUACUGUGGCUAAGCUGGUUGCAACUCGCUCGCACCGCAUGUGGGUCGUCGAUGCACCGUCGCCUGCAUCAUCUGGACCAUCAACUCCUGCGAUAACACCUGCGAUCGUUGUUCCUCCCUCGCCAAUCACACCACUUCCCGGAAUGGCAGGUCCUAUACCUGUCAAUUCGACCGCCCCGACGCACCUUGCCAGCACUGGAGCUGUUGCACCAGCUAUCUCUGCAUCCGCAAUGUCCACCAUGCCAGGGGCCAGCCUCUCUGGUAGACUUAGCGGAGUCAUCAGUCUCACAGAUAUCCUCAAUCUAUUCGCAAGAGCAAGUGGGCUCAAUCCCCAUGAUCCCGAUGAAGCACGACGUGCUAGGCGCAGGUCGAGCUCCAGUAGCAUGAGGCAGAGCAUGGACAGUUCAAGGAGUGAAAGUGUGUCGGCAAUUGCAGGACGAAGGAGCAGCGUGAGCAAGCGAGAAGAAAACGCACCCACAGCUCAGGGAUUAGGUAUUUCCAGGGGACGAGGCUCAUAGUCUUGGUUGGACAAAGUCUUGGUCUCUUGAGGGUAUCCCAUUGAGUUGCAGUAUUGAUUGGCGUUACCAGCGAGUUGUCGUUCCCAGUCGCUAUAGAGUAGGCAUGCCAGCUCCUGUACCGCAUGCAUGUUAAUCGGCAUCAUGAUGAGCUUACAAUAGUCAUUUAUUUGCCAAUGCGAAAAUGCGAAAAACUAAGAUAUUUGAGUAAAUAGAGCUGAAAUGGAUUGUCAGUUACCAAAUUCCCUG